AAUGAAUAGUUUCCUUUUAGAAUACGUUUUAAGUUUCAUAACAAGUCAGUUCAAUAUUAAGCAUCAAGAGAUGAACAUAUUCGCAAUGGUCCUAUUAUUUUUAUUUUUUUCCGUCACAUUGUGUUAUGCUGAACCGGAGUUUAGCUCGCGACCGACAAACGUCAGCUUACUUCUAAUACAGUUAACUCAUGAAGAGGAGAAAGGUCCAGUGGUUUUAGGACCUUUUGGACUAUGGAACCUGAUGGCAGGUAUUUCGUUCGGUGCCAGUAGUGUCACGAAAAGACAAAUCAACAGAGCCUUUAAAUUAUCAACAGAUAGAGAAAAGUUCAACGAACAAUAUAAAAACUUAACAAAUACAUUAUUCCCUGUUAAUACUAGUGAAGUGAAAGCUUGGAAUGAAAAUUACAUCUUUGUCGACAAAGAAAUACGUAUAAAUACCUAUUUUAUAGAAAUGCUAAUGAACGAUUACUUUGCAUUGUUCACGGCUAUGGACUUUCAGGAUCAAACCGACGCUGCUCAUCAGGCAAGUCAAAUAAUCAAAUCUAACUUUCCCGAUUCGGAAAAUGUCUUUAGUUCCGAAGAUUUCCAAGAUUCCUCGUUUAUUAUGAGCAACGUCCUAUGGUUCGAAGGUUCUUGGUCAUCGCUCUUUAAUAUAUCACACACCAAAUUGGAAUUAGUAAACUCAUUCGACGGCAGAACGGGUAGUGUAAGCAUGAUGCAGAUGAAAGCGAAAGUACGUUCUAGUCACAUGGAAGCAAUGAAGGCUACCGUGACAGAAUUACCGUAUGGGAAUGACGGGAAAUACUGUAUGCUGUUAUUAUUUCCCGAUCCAAAAGUCAGUAUGGAAGAAGUUUAUAGUAAUUUCGACAAAGUUACAUUUAGAGAUAUAUUUGCUAAACUUCAAAGCGAUGAAGAAGAGUUUGGUUUAAAAGAAGUCGAGGUCAAGUUACCGCGAUUCGCAAAAAGAUCUAAACUGCAGUUACGUACUCCACUUAAUCGUAUGGGUAUAUUCGAAGCAUUUGAAAGAAAAUACGCUCGAUUUAGUCACAUAGCUGAAGAUCCUUAUUACAUUGAGUCAAUUGAACAUAACGUAGUAGUUAUGGUAGCAGAAACGGGGACCAUUGCGUAUGCGACUACGCCGGGUAUGAACAGAGCAUAUACUACUUUCAGGGAAAAUAAGGUAAUGCCUCCCUUUACUUUCUUUAUAAUUGAAAAGCCUACUGCGACUGUGUUAUUCGGAGGGAUUUUCUAGUAUAUACUGUCUAUAAAUAAACUAUGAUUAAAUGAUUAAUUUAGUUUUUAUAAAAACGCAUCUGGUGUGUAUAUUUUAGACAAGAACUAAUGUUUUAGUUUUUAGUUAGGUUUGUUUAUAUCAUUACAUAGGUAUAUCGUAUUUAAAAUAUUUUAAUUUUUUUAUCUACGCGUAACAUCUAAUUUAUUAUCUUUACGUUUGUUGUGUUCUUUACCAAAUAUUUUU